AUGGGCGAGCCGAAGCCCGCCGUCUCUCCGCAGCCCAACGGCGGAGUGAAGCAGAAACCGACGAGCCUGAACCUCGCGCCGGCUCCCGGCUUCUAUCGCAAUGUGAACGGACGCGCGAGCCUGAAUGAUCGUCAUCUACAGCACGUCACCGCUCUCGGCGGUGGACGCAGCGCCGCACGCGUCAACAAGUCCGCCUCGCCAGGCCCUGCAAUCAACAACUCCGAGCCCGGUGCAGCUGCCGCUACCGUCCAGCUACCAGCGCUACCAGCAGUACCAUCACUAUCAGCACUACCUGCAGCGUGGUCGUUGUCUGCAGAACUUGAAAAUCUGCUGGAACCCCCGCCCCCACCGGCCCCAGCACACCACCCCGCCACCCCGGCUCGAGCAGGCCCCGAACAUCAUCCGAACGAGCAGCAGCAACAACAGCAGCAUAACAAUCUACGAUCGUCCCCGAUCAACCAGCUGCCCACCCGUAGCCCGAGUCACAAUGGUCACGGGUUCCCCCUCUACACACCACCUGCCCCGAUACCAGCAUCCGGCGCAAAUAAAGUUCGCCCUGCUCCCAACGGGCUACCACAGCCAGCAGCACCGAGGCGUCCUCAUAGUAUUGCCGCUCCACCAUUCCACCACGGCGCCGGUGUCCAACACCCCCUUGGUCAGCUCGGUGGUAGAGCAGCCGCGGCACCACUACCAUCAGCCAGCCCAGCACCACCCGGAGCACCACCGGCACCGUGGGGCUCAGCCGCUGCACCAGGUGCACCACCCGGUGUACCAGGAGUGGUACAACGGCGUGCCCAUUCGGUCGCCGGUACUCCAGUAUCUCUACCCGCCGGCGGUGGCAACAACAAUGCCGUCAACGGCCAGCAGGAGCCAAGGAGUAACGGUCCACCAUCAGCAGCCGGCGUGGUACCCGCGACUCGCAGCGCUGUACCACCCCAAUCUCUAUGGAACGGCCAACAGCCCUUACCCAGGCGGCCUCACAGCAUCGCCUCGACACCCGUUACAGCUGCAACAGGCCUACCUCCAGCUACAACAGCAACACCAACCGGCGUAUCCGCGUCCGCUCGUACACCAGGGGAGCCCAUACAAUGGGGUCCCUCCGGCAUGGUUCUGCAUCAACCCAUACCUCGCAGGGCGUACGCCUCGACCUUGCCACAUCCUCAGCCACCCACGCCCACGUCACAAGGGCCCUGUCUGAGCGUACUGACUAACCCCGGUAAUUCGAACACCUGGACGCCGGGCGCCGCACUGCGCACCCGACCUCACAGCAUCGCCAGCACGCCUCAGGGCGCGCCGAUGCCGCCCGCCUCCCCCUCGGACUCGGGCUAUCGCUCCUUGCCAUCGGCCGCCAGCGACUAUCAGAUCCUCAAGUCACCCUCGAGGUCUCAGCAGCAGCAACAGCAGCAGCAGCAGAGCGCCGUGCGACGACUGUCCCUGCCGUCCGCUCAGAGCCUGCUGCGCGCGAACGCCCCGCGGCCGAGCCCCACGUUCCACGGACUGCCGUUCCGGCCGUUCACGUGCGGCGUCUCGCCGAACGGCAAUCCGAUCUUCCUCGGCUGCACCCACCUUCACAAUAGCAACUCCAGCAGCGGAAGUACCGGCACGAGGACUUCCACGCCCGCGACGAGCCCGGCGACGCCGCUCACCACGUCGCAGGCGAUACAACAGCUGCUGGCGCAGCCGAGGAAUGGUUUCAAGAUAAUGGAUGAUAAGGUUUCGCUCUUCAUUGAGAUCCUCGACACCCAGGAGAGAUUCGCUAAG